CUCUCAGGACCUCCUCACCGCUCCUCCCUCACUGCACAGUGAUGGCGUCUCUCCAGCGGAUUCGUUGACGGCAGCUCAUCAGGCCCCACCCCUGCAGGUCCAGGUGCAGCAGCUGGCGAGGGAGAAGCAGAGCAUGGAGGCGGAGCUUCAACGUUGUCAGGAAGCGGAGCGAGAGGCCAGAGAGAGAGUCCGCAGGCUGGAGCGUCUUGUUGAGGUCCUGAGGAAGAAGGUCGGGACAGGAAGCCUCCGAGCCGUCAUCUGAUGUUUUGCUGAAAUCAAUGAACACUCAGUUUUUUUCUAUUUUCUGUCGUCAGGUUUGUCAAAAGAUUUUCUUUUAUUUUUACUCUUUAUAAACAUUUUGUGUUUUUGAGUAUUUCUUCUCUUUUGAUGUUUCUUCUGUUUAUCUUAUGUUUCUACUCAUGAAAUAUUUCUGAUAAUGUAUUUGAAUUGAUUUUCAGAUAUUUGACAGUGAAUCAAAUAGACUUUUGUUUUCGGUACUUUUGUCAAAAAUAUGAUGUUUAUGAUGGCUGUAUUCUUUUUUUUUCUUAAUUUCGUGUUGGCUUACAAUAAAAUAUUGUUAAUAA